AUGGAGCCGGACUUAAGUAUUUUGGACACUAGAGACACCGAGCCACCAGACAUAAAUAAUUUGACCACCCAGAGCAGCAUUUUUAGCGGUGGUGGUUGUGGGGAGCUGUGUCUAGCUCAAAAUGUGGUAUUCGACUUCACUCCUAAUGAAGAAGACAAUGCGUAUACGAUGAACAAAUGCUGUGACUUCUGGGAGGCCGUUGGCGGAUGUGCUGAGUUGAAAAAGUUGAAGGUUUUGCCGGAAAAACAAUCAGUAAACAAGUCGAGAAUAAGUCAAGAUAUUUCGAAACCAUUAGUUCACAAAACAGUGAAAUCUGAAGUUGAAGGAAGGUCAGCUUUAUCUAUGCUAGAAAUUGUAGAAGGCAAAGGUUUGAUCAAUCGUGUUUUUGAAACUAAAAUGCCGCAGUCUUCAUGCGCAGUCAGUGAUAGAGAAUAUCUGGAUCACUGCAUCAUUGAACGCAGGCAAAGCUUGAGGCCGAUGAAAAAACCUGCUAGUACAAAGCUAAAAGGAAAGUCUUCUAAAGCUGACACCCUGACGAAUUCACCUAAAAUAGAUAGCGCUGAUGAAGUAACCAAGCUAAAGAAGGUCAUGUAUGAAUGGGAUGCUAAACAUCCAAAGUCGAUGGAGCCUCCUGGUCAUUCGCCGGCUCUGACCCACUGUGUGCUGCAACGAUGA